AUGGACGACACGGCCACGAGAGAGAUCCUCGACAUCUUGUCCAAGGCACCGCCGGAUGAGGAGGACGACGAACGGUCUCCAACAAGCACAAGCACAAGCAGCCUGCGCCAGCAAGCGCACGAGCUCGUCUCGCAUGGCAUCAGCAUCGGCACCAACGACACCAACCUCGACACUCUCCCCAACACACUCCACGACCUGCUCACGCGUAUCAUCAAACCGUUAUUCACAUCGACAAAACACCCGGCGUUGACCUCGACGGGGCGCAAGAAUCUGGUGUCUUCCGGCCCGGCGUUGGCCGGCGCCACACGGUUCGACGACGCGGCAGCCAAACCGUGGAAGUCGGCGCCCUUCACCGUGCCCCUGCUCCGCUAUGUCUUGACAUGCUACGCGUGUCUGCCAGAGGCCCAGCGCCGGGCGACGGUCGAGGCGCAUUUCUUCCUCCUGGUGCCGCCGGUGCUGAACAUGAUCGACGACAGCGACGCCGCAUACAAGGCUGCCGGGUGUGGGUUGGUCCGUCGGCUGUGUGAGGUGCUUGUGUCCGUGAGGAGUGAGAUGCUCAGGCGGACGGGGCUGGCGGACGUGUUUGUCGACGCGCUCAGGGCCAAUUUCUUGCUGUUGCCGCCGCUGACACCCGAGGAUGAAAGUCUCGCUGUGCUGCGGGAAUUGUAUCCUGCCUUUUUGGCGCUCGUGGAUGCAAGAUUUGUCGAUCUCGGUCUGGGGACGGCGGCGCCAAAAUGGCAGGAUACAGUUGCUGCCGCUACUACUGCUACUACUACUGCUACGGCAACUGCAGCGGCUACAACGACGUCUGAUACCACUGUGCCAACGUUGGUUACCACUACACCUGCUACCAAGACGGGUAAUGCUGCGGAGGUGAGAGGUGUGGUCGUCGACACGACUACAGGUGGGGGUGCAGAUACAAGGACUGGGGGUUCAGAUGCAAAACAACCUAUCCUGACAACCACGACCACAAUCCCAUCAACAUCAACACCAACAUCAACGCAUCCGCAGAGCAAACCCCAGUCCUCUCGCCGAAUCCAGCCAGCAGGACAAGCACCGGACAGCGACCAAGCUCGCGAAUACAAACUACGCUCGUCCCUCCUGACAGCCCUCUACCGCCACGGCAUUUCCGCCUCGUUGAGCCACCUCUCAUCCUCGGCGUCCGAAUCUCUCGGCUCGACCACCUCCACGCUCUUGACCACCCACCUACUCGCACAGAUCCCGCCCGUCUUCGAGCGCCUCGGCAUCGCCUGUGUCAGGCACUUUCAGACUCUGCUGCCCAUGCUGCGCCUGUCGCUGAUGGACCCCUUCACCCUGGCGGCGCCUCCCAUGGUCCUGGCGGCCCUCGACGUGCUGGCCUGCGUCGUGGUCCUCGGCGGGCCCCGCGUCCGCGAUAAAUGGUACCCGGACAUCCUGCGGGGUUGUGUUGGCUGUUGGUGUAAUUGUGUAGACGAGAUUGAGGUCGAGGGGGAGGGGGAGGGGGAGAGGGAGGUCGAGGUUGAGGUCGACGAUGCAGCGAAAACGACAACGACAACGAAUCCCACUGUAAACGCAAAAGCGAAAAAAGCUGCACAGCUUCAGCCUGUCAUGGCCCGCCUCAAGACUCUCGUUGCCGCCCUGCGCCGCGUCGUGCCGCCCGACGAGUGGCUUGACUUGCACACCCGGCUGCUUGCCGAAGAGGGCGAGCUUGCCGAUUUGUUUGAUGCGACGGAUUGA